GUGCUAAAUGGCCAUGAAUUCAUUCAGGUGUGCAGAAUUGACGUGUGGACAUCUCCAAGGUGUCACUCGGAACUUAAGUGUCAAACUUGCUCAAGGCUUAACAGUUCCUUAAACUUACUCUGGAUAACUUACAUCGGCAUUAAAAAGCUGUCUGGAUAACCUCCACUGGGAUAAACCUCAAUAGACACAGGUCAGCGUGAUGGAGCAGGACAGACCAGAGGAGAAGACCUCAAAACAAGUGGAAGAGAUGACAGAGGAGAGCUUCCUAAAAGAUCUCUACCUCUUUAUGAAACAAAGAGACACUCCAAUCGAGAGAAUACCUCACCUGGGCUUCAAGCAAAUUGAUAUGUUCCUAAUGUACAAGACAGUCAAAGAGCUGGGAGGCUAUCAACAGGUUACUGCGCAGCAAUUGUGGAAGAAGGUUUACAAUAUACUUGGAGGAAAUCCACGCAGCACCAGCGCAGCCACAUGCACUCGCAGACAUUAUGAGAAGCUUCUCCUUCCUUAUGAGUGUCAUCAAGCUGGAUACGGGGACAAAAUCAUCUUCAGGACCCCACGGACACAAAAACGCUUUCACCCCGGCACUUAUGGUGAAUUUGAACACGAAUACCCCAGGAAUGGGAAGCGGAUGGAUUUUCGACACAUUCCGGCAUUUCCCCCGACCUCUCCCAACAUGUUUGUGGACCCUCAGAGACCGAUGUUCAGCUUGCCAUUGAACAUCGCUUCAUACUUUCCACGCGGCAACACAUCGCUACCAAAUUACAUCACUUACCAUGAGCCCAACCUGAGCAUCAACUUACAAGAACCCCAACCUCCCCGAACCCCUGCCCCAUAUUUUGCCGAACCCUCAGAAGAGGUCCAGAGCUGCAAACACUCACUAGACAUGCUACGUUUCCUGGCCAAUAAGUACAAGUCAUCAGCUGGUCUGGAAGAGCCUUUGAACCUCAGUUGUAAAGACAACGUAGUCGAAGCUUCGAAUGACACUCCAUCAUCAUUCGGCCCACCUUCUUCUAAAAAACCCAAGUUUCUCAACGAAGCUUCACCACUUUACUCUCCAAGCGGUUUGACCCCACAGCAAAGUGCGGAUGAAUCCGAAACCACGGAGGCAACUUCCAGACCCGAACCGACCCCAGCGCCGGCGGACGUGAUUGAUCUUACCUCCAGUGCCCAUCCAGUGCCACGCAGACCUAGCCCACCUUCAGUUCACCUGUUCAACCGCAGACCGAACUACCCUGAAGCAUUAGCCAUGAAGCGAGAGCAAAACCAACAUCGUGACUGGCAGAAGGAAGAAGUUUCUACUCCACACGCUCUCCCAAACAGAAUGAAUCCCCUUGGACAUCAAGUCCCGGAUUCAAAUGGCAAUAUGGAGAUCCAGAUUCCUCUAUUUCUUCUACAGGAAUUAAUCAAGAGAGGAUUGGUCUCAAGCCCAGCCUUAUCUGGACCCAAACCGACAUCUCAAGAUCCACCAAAAGCUCACACACCACCCGAGCCCAAGUUGCAUGUGAGAUCACAGUUGGAAACAUCUGAGAGCUCCAGCAAGAGUAAAGAACCAGAAGAUCUGAGCUUAAGGAGCCCUUUGAGAAAGUUCAAGGAUGCAAGCCAGCAAGACAAGCACAGAUCAUUUGGCAACCCAGAAGAAUUAAAGUCACAGAGCAUCUUCAGUCCUUUUCAACUAAACAACCUGCAAACAAGCAGGUUCUCCUUUGACAGGGAUACAAUCUCAAGGCAUUAUCACCCUAAACCACAAGCUCCUAUAAUGAAGAACCAAGACCAAAUGACCCCCAUAUCUCCGAAAUACAGCGAAGACACUCCACUCUCCUUGACCAUGAAGUCUGGAAUAAAAUCGGAGAAAGUGGUGACAUCACCCAUGACGGCGAAGGACUCUUCCUCCCCACCUCUUCUACAGGUAACAACAGACCACCUGAAACUCCUUCUGGCAAACCUUCCCUAUAGACUGGAAAGGGGGCAGACAUUUUAAGACUGUUGUACCAUUAUUAACCAGCUCGAUGUCUUGAUCUUGCCAAAUCAGCCAAUUGUGUUGCAUCACACAAUGUUUGCGAAGAUGAACUGAGAAAUGUUGAGGAUCGAAAAGCUUUCGGCUGUAUUUUUACUCAUUUCUGACAACUGUAGCAUUAAAGCACUAGCUCUCAACUUACAGUCAAGUCACUAAAUUGGAUGUGGCAGACUGAAUUUGAGUGAUAUAAACUUAUUUUAAAUUAAUAUGAGUAUGACAAAAGUUGUCAAAGAAUUGUUUGUUUGCUUUCUUUAGCAGCAUUUACUGUACAUAUUGUUUUUAAUGCUUUGUAUUGUUGAGUAUAUAUACAUUUACAAUGUAAAACGACUAAUCGUAGAAGUUUUAAGCAAACCAAAAAGUCGUACCUCUGUGUUUUGAGUAAAUUUAUGUACAUUUAUAUGAAGAAGUCUGCAUUGUUUGGUAGCAAAGCACAUAUCUUUGUGUAGUAUUUUUUUUAUGUAUAAAGUGUAAAUUUUAUAUUUUGUUUUUAUAUUUCAUAACACUUAUUUCUUGAAUGACAAACAUGUUUGUAUAUUUUUC